ACGAGGGGGGUUGGCAGGGUCAUUGACUUUGUGACUGGUGUAUAAAUGAAUCAGUCAGAUUCAGUUGUCUACAGAGCUUUUACCUACAUCAGCAUCAACAGUGACCUUGUUUAUUUUAAGAUUGCAUGUUUGCAAGCAGAAUUGAGGGGAGUGGGGGUUUAUGCGAUCACAUCCUACUCCUCAGAAGGCAGCCCGCCCUCCGGCCUCUCUUUCUCCGCCUCCUCUUCACGCAGAUCACUGGGGUCGGGGCCUGUUCCCGAGGGAGCCGUAUAUCAUGAAAGAAAAAAAAGGAUCCUGCUAGUCCGUGGAUGAUGAGAUCGACCACGAUGUUCCUCUUGUUGACUCUCCUGGGACUGGCAUGCUCUAUUGGCCCUACAGUCCCAAGAAAUCUUGCCUUGCGUGGAAAAGCAACACAGUCAGACCUCAUCGAGAACCCAUGGCACGGUUGGAGUCAUGCCUCCAAUGCCAUUGAUGGGAACCGCGAUUCACAUUUCCAUCAUGGGUCCUGCACUGCCACUGACGAAACCACUAACCCCUGGUGGAGAGUGGACCUGCUUGAUACCUACAUAGUCACCUCCAUCACUGUCACCAACAGAGGGGAUGCUGUUCCUGAGAGGCUUAACGGGGCUGAGAUACGAAUAGGAAAUUCUUUAGUGGACAAUGGCAUUCAUAACCCUCUGGUUAAAACAAUUCCCUCUGUUCCAGCCGGCAGUUCUCUCACCCUUGCUUUUGACCCAAGUUUCGAAGGACGUUAUGUGAUUGUGGUUCUACCAGGCCAGAAUAGACUUCUGACACUCUGUGAAGUGGAGGUUUACGGAUACCUUGCCCCAACUGGAGAUAAUGUAGCUCUAUAUGGAAAGGCCACCCAGUCGUCUUUGAAUGAGUUUGGCAUUCCAGGCAAUGCUAUUGACGGGAAUCGCAACGCUAUUUGGAUAGGAGGGUCCUGCACCCACACUCUACAGGACAUCAACGCCUGGUGGAGGGUGGACCUUCUGAAGACCUACAAAGUGUUCUCCAUCAUCAUCACCAACACAGUCGACGGUGUUCCCAGCAGACUCAAUGGAGCUGAGAUUCGCAUUGGAGAUUCCCUGAAAGACAACGGCAUCAAUAAUCCUAGGUGUGCUGUGAUCUCCUCUAUCCCAGCUGGCAAUUCAAGCACCUUCCAGUGUCCGGGCAUGGAGGGUCGAUAUGUCAUCGUGGUCAUUCCAGGGAGGAAGGAGUACCUGACCUUGUGUGAGGUGGAGGUGUACGGAUCACCCCUGGAUGGGACUGGGCCUACAUGUAACUAAAUCAGAUCAUUAAUUCUUAACAGCACCCUGCAAUGUUUGGGGAAUGUAUUGUCUUACGAAAACAAUUCAACUUUUUAGUAUACUAUCACUAUUCUGUAAGUUCGUCUUGCACACUGUUUUUGGAUGUUUGGGUAUAAAUUGACGAUCACUUUUUGUAACACUUUUUAAGAACAACUUUCAUGAAUUAUUAUGUAGCCUAAUUAUUGGUUAGACAGUUAUCAUUCAUACCAUGAAAUGCAUGUAAUGCUGUAAAGUAAUGCUAUUAUGUUAGAAUGAAUGGUCCCGCUUUAAAUGACAUUCAGAUUAUAAAGGCUUCAUAAAGCCUUAAUAAUGCCUUCAUAAGCAGUACAGAAAUGUUUACAAAGCAUCUAUAACCAUAUGUCAUGCUUUAUAAAGGGUUCAUAAAUGUGGCAUAACUGUGUGACAUAAUCAUCUAUAUCAAAUGUGAUAUAACCCACUAAGUCAAAUUAUGAUAUAAACUUGUGCUUUAUAAAGGGUGAUGUGCUGAUGGAAAAAGCUCUAAAGGGAUGUCAUCUUAGUCACAUUACACCUAAUCUCGUUCCCUUUCGCCCAAAUGCUCAGAAGGUCUGAUGGACCAAUGCAUCAAACUUGGCCUUCAUUAGUCAGGGUUAGGUUUCAAAUCACAUUUUAACAAGAUAAAAGUGUGGAAAUGGGCAGGGUUUAGCCAAAAUUAUGACUUUUUUUUUGUUAAGUAGUGACAAUGACAAAUACUUUACUCAGUAAGGUCACUGCUAUAGAAUUGUAUAGUCACUCCCACUAUGCCCAAUUUUGAAUGGUUGAUAUCCCAGGCGUCAAUGUGCUGUGUGAGCAAUAGCCUGAGAACAACAUUACACCAAGAAACCCUUACCUUGAUGAAAGUCCCCAAUCUAAAGAAAUUGAAAGUGUCUUUCUUCUGGAACCAAGUUACAUGUUCCUCAGUACACAAACAUGAAAACAACAAAAACGAGCCAUACGGACGGUGCUGGGCCCUGUCAAGUCUUUGACACAUUCACCCAUUUCCCCACUGAAAGAUCAGCCACAAAAUGUGGCCACCAUUGUAACAUGUUGUAAUCAAGCCCUGGUCCCCAGCAUGGGAACAGAAGAGGAAUAUCUGGUGCGGUAGUCUCAGGUUGGACUACUCCAAAUCAUCUUGGUUCUGACACAUAAACACAAGCUUUGCAGGUCCAUCAACCCAUUUAAUACCUCUCACACCCUACUGUAACCUGUGGAUCAUGAGAGAAACUUAAUAAAUCAGAGGAACGUUAAUCGCCUACUUAUUAACACUUCACGUAGUGUCCAGUAAUACUUCGUUUGAAAUGAGACACCUUCGCAUGACGCUGUACUUCAUUUAAAGUCUGUCUACUUUGGUCAUUUAUGACACAUGCAUAAAUGCCUUAUAUCAUAUGACGCUGUACUUAAUAUAAGGUCAGACACCUUUGGUCAUUCCUAACACAUGCAUAAUGGCUUAAUGAUGUUAACACAACUGUAUUAACACUUAGGGAAUUGGCAUUAAAUGAUAAAACAAGAAAACAUUAAAGAAAUGUUUUUUGUUAUUUGUACAUUUUCAAAACAAUACAAAUACAUGACAUUUCAAACAGUCCAGCAAUGCCAUUACAUUGAACAUUACACAGGGCUGUGAAUAGUCCAGCUUGUCCCUGAGCUGGCAGGAGAACGGUUCUUGCCUCCCUUCUUGCUGGAGGUACUGGGUGUUGGUUCCAACCUAAAUGAACAACAAAGUGAGCAGGUCUGUUAGGAAAGGUCGUUUGUCACACCAUCUAGAUAAGGGCAUUCCUGUGCUGCACAAGAAACUCUAAACGGGAAGAUGGGAAACUCCAUUCAAUUCCUAUUGUUACAAUACAGCUAUAAGACAUGUAUGUAUGUAGGGGAUAUAUAUGUAUUUAGCUGAGCCUGCUAGCUAACUAAAUUUUGUCUAGCUAGUAUUUGCUGUGAAGUCACCGAAAUGAUUUGAAAUAAUGAUUGAGGUAGCUACAGUAUGUAAUCUAACUCAACACUUAACUACUACCAACACAUUUAAAUCACAAUAAAUAAAGGUUAACUUACUUGUUUUUGGAUUUGAGAACAUCAUCUGCGUCUCAUCAGCAACACUAAAAAAGUACUUCCGUGUCACAGAAUUUUGGAAAUGUUCCAAAUAAAGUCCCCCACGUAAUAGCAGAAAAGUCUCAAAAACACAUUCAUGAUAUAUGAAAAAUAAUUGUCUAAACAUUAAACAUAGAUUUUUAAGUGACAUAUGUAUUAAAUUUGGGUUUUAAAACAUGUUCCAAGGUCAAAUAAAUGCUCCCAAUGCAAAUCACCAUAUAUAGAAUAGAUAUUGGCUUAGAGCAAUAACUAUUCUGGGUGCAGCAGUACAAGUAUUGCAGGGAAUACUCAAUAGGGUCUGUAGAAUGAAUGUACAGUGGGGAGAACAAGUAUUUGAUACACUGACGAUUUUGCAGGUUUUCCUACUUACAAAGCACGUAGAGGUCUGUAGGUACACUUCAACUGUGAGAGAUGGAAUCUAAAAUAAAAAUCCAGAAAAUCACAUUGUAUGAUUUUUAAGUAAUUCAUUUGCAUCUUAUUGCAUGACAUAAGUAUUUGAUACAUCAGAAAACUGUAUAUAUGGUGUCAUUUCAUGGGGCUCAAAAUAAUACGGAAUGUGGCCGGCCUUUUACUCCACCCAUUCCAUUGGCGGCCAGAUCACAUCAUGUGUGCUUACUGCACUACAGAAAACCUGCUAACAAAACAACAGUGCAGAGCAUGCUCACUGAAUUAAAGAGCAACUACACUUACAAAUAUACGUUUCUUUGAUUUUUCACAGACCUCAAAAGUCUGAUGUGGUUUAAGAAUUGUUGUGAACACAGAAAAUUAAAUGUUGUUUUUCUAUUAAGAAAGUGUGAAAACACUGGGGGAAAACUAGAAAGAAUGGGGAAAAUCUGAAACCCGGAAAAACAAAACCAAGAAAACGGAAUUUGGUGUGGAAAAAGAAGUAGGCAACUACAACAAACAGACUAACGAUUGUAAAAGGCCCUACCAAGGUUUUUUGCUUUGCAUGACUGCACUUUAGAGUCUGUGUUCUCCUGCAGCACAGCAUGUUGGGGGAAGCUGAAGUCAAGUCCAAUAUUGACUAUGCACCCAAGAGGGAAAGAGGAUGGGCCAAUCUAGAAAUGUUUUAGUGAAAUAUAAUAUAUAACAUUUUGCAGACACUUUUAUCCAAAGCGACUUACAGUCAUACGUGAAUACAUUUUUACGUAUUAUAGGGUGUUGAAUCGAAUCGAACCCAAUAUCCUGCCAUUGCAAUGCUCUACCAAGAUGUAUGACAGGGUUAUAAAUGCUUUGUGAAGCCACAAUUGAAUAUGAUUUAUAAGCUCUUUAUUAAGCGGUGCUCAUGCCACCCUUUAUAAAGCACAGGUUUGUAUCAUUUUCAACAUAGUGGGUUUUGUCCCCUUAGACAUUGGUGGUUAUGACGAACAUUUAUGCCACAGUUAUGAACCCUUUAUAAAGCAUGGCAUACGGUUAUAGAUGAUGUGUAACACAUUUCUGUAGUGUUUAUGAAGGUUUUAGGAAGCCUUUAUAAGCUGCACGUCAUUUAAAGUGGGACCAAAUUCAUGAAUAAACUUAAUUAAUAAAUCUGGAAUGUUUCCAUUGUG